GCCGUGCCGUUCUUUUUCAGACCACCCACAGACCCCAUACCCCUCUAAAAACAAUGUACAAGAGGAAAGCCUCAGCCUCAGGCAUUGAAACUUCUACAUGCGACUCUAAACGGCCUCGCUACUGGUUGAGGAUGAACAGAGACACCAAUCUUGCUACUCAGUCCACCAGCUCGCACAACUACCAUGGUGUAAAAGCCACACCUAUUCCACCUGAUAUUGAUGAUGGUCAAGUUUCCACCAGCACAAAGGACAGGCAAAUUUGGUCAGAGGCUGAGGAAGUUGGGUUGAUUGCGUAUAUAACUAGCAAGCGAAGUGAGGGUGGAGAUGGGAUGAAUUUCCCAAAGAAAUUCUGGCCAAAGGCUGCUGUGGAAUUCAAUCAGAAUAUACAAAAGGAUCAUGUAGUUGGCCCUGCAAAGGAAGGCAAGCACUGCUCUAGCAAAUGGGGAAGGUUGUGAUCUACCUACAAACUCAUCAAAGCGUUAUCAGAGCAAUUGGGCUUUCAUUGGGAUGAUACUAAUGGUGCAGAUAUCACAAUUGAAAGAAACACUGUAUGGGAGGAUACCUCAAGAAAAACCCUGGUGUCAAGGGUUUUUGCAACAAGGGUUGGGUCCAUUUCAAAGCAAUGGACAAUCUCAUAUCUGGGCGUCAUGCCAAGGGAGCAAAUGCAUUUUGCCCUUCUCUCAUUCCUACCUCUGUAUCUAGUUUUCCUAUAUCUACCAAUGCCCCAAAUUCUUUGUUGUCCAUAUCCGGUAGUUCCCUGCCCUUUCCCCCACAAACGCCUAGGAGUGAUCAACCAUAUCCCAACAACAAUCCUCACCUCACCAUGCCAACUAUUCCUGCUGGCCUGCGUGGUGCAGAAAGUCCCAACAUGCAGCGCAGUGAUGCCGGUGUGAGCGACUGGCUUAUUGGGCUGCCAUCUCCCAAAUCACUGCCCCCUCCUACCAAUAUGUCACCAGUUAUGUCCGGUGGGUCUUCCAGUAGCAAGCAAAAAGAAAGUACCUCAGAUGCGGAUGUGGAUGUGAUGUCAACUGCCACUUGCAGCAAGGGCACAGGAGUUACUGUGCAUAGUCGCAGUUCUAAAACCCCUCGUGUAGCUGCAAAUACAAUGACCACCAAUGCCCUAACUGGGUUGAAUGAUACGCUGGGUCAGAUUGUACCUAUAAUGAAGGGGAUAACUGACACUAUUUGUAAUGAGCUGGAUACCUUGUCUACGAGACAAGACAGUUCUUCCACUGUUAUACCCUCAUCUGCACCUGGGACAUCUGUUACCACCCCCUCCUCUUUCAUUUCCCGCUACCAAUUCGACAUUGCUAAACAGGCCUCCCAUAUACAAAGAGGUAUCGCUAUCCAAGCACUACAAGAACUUGACUAUGAGCUUGGGAUUCCCAAGCAGGUUGAAGUCCUUCGUAUCUUUGAGCACAAAAUGGGGGUGGGCAUGGAUCAGCUCCAUCACAAGAUCUGUGUGGUAUUUACUUCUGCUGGUACAAUAUGA